UUCACCUACCACCGUCAGAUUAAUAUAAAGUUUUUUUUGUGCAAUAAAUACAUAUUUACUUGAACCAUGAAGUGGAUAUUUUAUGUUAUAGUGUUCAUUUAUAUGUUUUAUAGAGCAGUUUAUGGAAUUAAACCAAAAGAAUUGAAUAGUUUAUCCGUCGAAGAAAUUAAGUAUGGAUCUGACAAACAUUACUAUCCAGCCGGUAUCCGUAAGACGAUCAGUUGCAAAGGGGCAAAUAAGAACCAAAAGGUGGAAUGGGUAGAUCCGAAUGGAAAGGUUAUUAAAAGAGUAUCAAAGAACAGAGUGUUUGUACAAGAGCACUUUGUGCCGACGACAACGCUGCGCACGCGAGUGCCGGCGCUGGUUCUUGUUCUUACACAUGCGACAGUCGACGACAGCGGCCUCUGGGAGUGUCGCUCAGGAGAUAUCAAGCGCAAUGUAUCCCUCUGCAUUAUAGAUCCGUCUAAAUUUGUCGACACACCGACAGAAGUCAGCGUCGACAAAGGUCGGUCUAUAACAUUGUCCUGUCAGGCACGAGGGGAACCGGAGCCGAGGUUGAUUUGGUACAGAAAUGGGGAAUUGAUAACAGAGGAUGAAGAAUCUGACAAGUAUAGGGUGAUGACGAAAUACAAUAGUCAAGGUUUCGAAGGUCUGUUGACGAUCAGCUCUCUUGAGGCGGAGGACAGCGGCGUUUACACUUGCGAGGCCAUUCAGGAGAGUCCGCAUGACCCCAGUUGCGCCAACACAGAAAGCUUCAAUAUCACACUACAAGUCAACUAUGCUCCCGUGUUCGCGGAUGCCAACGAAACUGAAAUUGUUUAUCAACUCGAGAAUGAAAGCGUUGACGUAGUAUGCUCCGCUAGCGGAUAUCCGACGCCGACUUACACGUGGUUCAGGGAUUUAGGCGAAACUCUGUUUGAAUUCCCCGAUGAACGAGUUAAUCUGCAAGACGGCUCUAAAGCCGUGUUGACACUACCUUCUAAUGCUACCAUAUCCUCACGAAGGUAUAAAUGUCGGGCGACCAACCAAUAUGGAGAGGCUUACAAAGUUUUUGUCAUAUACAAAUUGGAAAGUCCUACGAAACCCAGCGAGGUAAAGAAAAGUUUAAUUUUAACGCGUUCAAUCGACAAAAAGCGGCAACGAUUAUCCCACCAAAUGCGCAAUAGAUUACAGAUAUCCAGUCAGGAAGCACACCAUGACAACGUUUAUCUAUAUGUUAAAUGGGCUGAAGAGAUGUCAUUCCCAGUGAAAGCUAUAGAGGUUCAAUAUCUCGAAAAGGGAAGUUUGCCAAGAAGGAAGAUAGAAAGUCUUAGAGAAGGAGAUUGGAGAAAAUCUAAGAAAGUAGAAAUAGAUUUGGAGUCGGCAGAGGACGUGGAAGCGGACAGUGAAGGAUUCUACUUUACUCUGUCUGAUCUGGAAUCGGAUACUGAAUAUUGGAUACGAUUGAGGGCUAUGAAUGAAGCUGGGGAGUCACCUUGGUCGGAACCAGCACUAGUACAAACUGUUGAGCAAGUUGAAACUGAGGAAUCUGAAGAAGACACUAAAGAAGAAAGUAAAGAAGAGGCUGGUGACGGUACAGAAGAGAGUUCUGUCCCUGCUGGUUUAGCUUACUCUGAUGCCACAUUCUAUGGCGUUUUCUUCGCUGGUGGUAUUGUCGUGUUUGCCGUAGCUUGCAUGUUUUUGAUGAGAUUAGUGUAAUAUUAUGCACUGAAAGUAAGUAGUAUUUGUGAAUGUCUGAAAUAAAAAUAUUGAAU